CUUUUAUCUCAUUCACCUUGGAGUCAACAGGUUUAGGUGCAGUGUUUUUUUGAGCAAGCGAGACUAUGUACAGAGCGCGGGAAAUAACGUUGUUCCAUCAACAUCCUAUCCAAAUCUUGACUUUCGUCAGUGUCAAUGAUCAGUGAAUACAGAAUUAAACCAUGGGAGAUGUUGAUUUAGAACAAAGUUUAAUCUCAGAGUUUGGGGAGUUUGGUAUAGAUAUUGAUGGGAAUCUUGAUGUCUUAGAAAAGUUGUGUGAUCUUUGCAAAAAACAUAAUCUUCAAUGUGAUGAAAUUGUUGCAAGUUGGGUGAACUUCUCAUAUAAGGGGACAUCAUCACUGGAUAUAAGUUCAGAGGCACUAGAUGAAUUUGAAAAAAAGGAAAUAAACAAUAAACAUAAUAUGAAGACUCCAACAUCAAGAAAGUCAAACACUCCCUACCGACCAAAAACGUAUGAUAUAAACACAAUUGGUCAUGUUAAUAUAAAAGAUAGACAGGACGAGGAGGAUAUGCUUGGCAGUUAUGCUACGACACCACAAGGAAAGGCUUCAAUAAAGAAACGUUUAAAAGAAACACCAGAGGAUCGAGUUCCUAAUAAACGGAUUGCAAGCAUGAAUUCUACUCCUAUAACUUCUUUUUCACCUGCAUCAAUAUCACCAUCAAUAAAUACACCAUCCUUAAAAUACGAAUCACGCAUUGGAAAAGGAGACGUAGUUGCAAGUUAUGGCAUUUCGGAGAAAACAAAUAUUAACUGGAAGGGAUGUGCAAAAAAGAUUACUAUAAAAAAUUACAACGACGAUUGUAAUGUCAAGAAAACUUAUCAACACAUGUUUCAAAAGUUGCAAGAAAAGGCUGAUGUUUUAAACGAAAUCAUCAACAUCUUGUCCAAUCAAAUGAAACAGAAUCUACUAUUAGAUGAAUUUGAAAGUGCUGGCAUUAAGUGUUUGGAAGAUGUUUACUAUAGUGGACGUAUCUGCUGUGAUUCUGUUGGAAGAAUCAACUCCAAGUCUAUUGUUUUGGAAGGUUCAAAGGAGACAUCCGGUGGCCUAAGGAUCCCCAUCGAUUUAAGUCGAGUCAAAAAUUAUUCCCUAUUUCCUGGACAGAUAGUGGCUCUGCAAGGCAAGAAUCAAACAGGGGAGAGAAUAUUUCCAUCAACUAUCUACACAGGUGAUCGACUGCCAUAUUUUUCUGCGACUAAAAAAGAGCUACAAAUUGAUGAAGGCCAGUUCACUGUAUUUGUAACAUCUGGCCCAUAUGCUACUUGUGACGAAAAUACCUUAUCAUACACACCACUCGACGAUCUUCUGAAUACAGUGGAAACUGAAGCUCCAGAUGUCUUAAUAAUGCUUGGACCAUUUGUGGACAGCAAACAACCGAAGAUUGAGAAAGGAGAUGUUGAUGAGUCAUUUGAAGAAUUAUAUGAACACUGUCGCGACAAGGUCGCUGCCAGUGUUAAAAAUUUAAAAACAAAGGUUGUGUUUCUCCCAUCGCAACGUGAUGUUUUCCACGAGUUUGUUUACCCACAGCCUCCAUUUGAAAAUGAUCCAAACAAAAGGAUAAUGAUGAUGGCAGAUCCUUGCACGAUCAUGAUUAAUGAUGUAUGUUUCGGACUCACUUCAACUGAUAUUUUGUUUCAUCUUGGUGCAGAGGAGGUCAGCUCUGUUCGUUCAGACCGUCUGGGAAGGCUUGCUAAUCAUCUUUUGAUGCAGCAAUGCUAUUAUCCACUGCACCCUACUUCAGAAGAUGUCAACUUGGAUUACGAACGUUUUGAAAGCCAUUGUUUUAUGCCAGUGACACCGGAUGUUUUGAUCGUACCUUCCGAUUUGAGGUACUUUAUGAAGGAUAUUGAUGGCUGCUUCUGUGUUAACCCGGGGCGUUUAGUCAAAGGUCAGACUGGCGGUACCUACUUAAAAAUGCUGGUUAAACCAAGGAAGCCACAAAACGCUGAUAAAUCAUCUGUGGUUGUGCAUAGCAUAGCGCAAAUUGUUAAACUGUAACUUAUUACGAAGCAAUUCUUAACAUAGUAAACACUAUACAAUCUUUCUUUCAUAGUAAUGCUUUCUUAAAUAGCUAUUUCUAGUAGUUUGGGACAGAGUUGAGACAGUAGCGAUGUUAUACUUUGACUUUUUAAUUUUAAAUAUGCGAAUGUUGGUAUGCAGUAGUCGAAAAGUGGAAUAUUCUGCACCAAGGCUGCGAAAAAGUAAAAUAAUGGCCUGUUUUUUCCAAAAGCUUUAUGGCUUAAAAAAUUUCUCUGUGCAGUAAAAAUAGUUGGUUUUCCAGUUCUCAGUGUUCAUGUAUCACGAAUGAACAAAUAAUGGAAGCAUUACACACACAAACUAUCAGUGAUAUAACAUGUAAUUUUGUAAAUAUUUAUUGAGAACUUAAAAUACUUUUUUCUAGUCAAAAUAUCACCACAACCGUGAUCAGCUCCUAAAAAUAUAAGUCCAAAUAAAGUAGAGUACAAUUUGACUGUAAGCUGCAACUACUGUAAGUAGCCUCUCUUUUGUAUAUCGCAUGUUGUGUGUCUUGCACAACUAUGAAAUUGACAGACAUCACCUGCUAAACAUUUUGCGCUGAGACAGACAAAAUGUGUGUUCUUACUAUAGAGAAUUGUAAUCCUAUCCGUUGUACUGUAUCAGUAAAUAAUGGAUUCAGUGGAAUCUUAAUACAGCCAUUAUCAAUUAAGUUAAAUAUCAACUUAUAAUUAUUUCCGUUAGGUAUUAAUCAUAUCGAUAUAUUAACUGACGAUAAAUAUUUUUAAUAAUUAUAAGACAUGUGUAAUCUUGUAAUUGUGUAUAUACGUGUCAGUGAUUUUGGAAAGAUAUGUAAUUUUAUCUUGUUUACUUUAAAGGAAAACUAACGAAAAAAUCACAUAUAUUAUGUCAAAAAACAUUUUUACAUAUCACGAAACAA